AUGCGUUCUUCAUCUCCUUCCUCUAAUCACACCGAUCUUGACCCGAAGCACGAGGCAUUGGAGGCGGAUGCCAUGCGAAAAUUGGCAUUUUUCGGUACGUGUGAGCCUGCAUUACUGUAAUUUUGUCAUUUUUGUUCAGGAAUUGCCAUCUCCACAGUGGCCACACUGACGGCAAUCAUGGCAGUUCCGAUGCUCUACAACUACAUGCAACACGUUCAGUCGGCACUCCAAACUGAAGUAUUUAUCACUUUUCACUAUUCUUUUCGUUUCUAGAAGAUUCUAGUUGUUUCCUUAUUACAGGUGGAUUUUUGUCGGCAUCGGACGAAUGGUCUUUGGGAUGAGUAUAAUAAGGUAAGACUAAAAUUAAUCUACCUAACGACGAACAGAUCCGUGUUGGCAUCAGACAUUUAGAAUACCGUAGAGCUAUAACUCUUUAUGAAUUUUCAGUUUGAAGCAGUAGCGGGCGUGCGUGGGCGUAUCAAACGUGCCGCUUAUCAAAAAUCCAACGGGAUCACCGGACGCCUGGUGCACAGACGUCGGGCAGUUGCUCGUGGAGCAUCCAGUUACGACGGUGGCUACAACGAUGAUGUUGCAACUGGAGGAGGUGGAGGCACGGCUUGUUGCUCGUGCGGAGUCGGACCUCCAGGACCACCGGGACCACCAGGAACCGAUGGAAAUCCUGGAAACGACGGAGUUCCCGGAAAUCCAGGAAAUCCGGGGCAAGAUGCGAUCGGAGAUGAAAGCCCGACUGCUGCCGACUUUUGCUUCGAUUGUCCAUCCGGUCCUCCAGGCCCACCAGGAAGACCCGGACCAAAGGGACCAAGUGGAACCCCCGGAGCUCCAGGACAGCCGGGAGGAAAUGCACUUCCAGGACCGCCAGGACCUCCAGGACCGCAAGGACCACCAGGAGCCGAUGGACUUCCAGGCAACCCCGGAGCACCAGGAGCCCCAGGACAAGUCAUCGAAGUGCCUGGAACUCCAGGGCCAGCCGGCCCACCAGGACCUCCGGGACCAAUUGGAGCGCCAGGACAGCCGGGACCACCUGGAAACUCGCAACCAGGACCACAAGGACCGCCCGGAGACCCAGGAAUCGACGGAUCACCAGGAAAUCCGGGAGCGCCGGGAGAGCCAGGCCCGCCAGGAGCACCGGGAAUCGGAGGAGGAUGCGACCACUGCCCGCCUCCAAGGACAGCUCCAGGAUAUUGA